AUGGAUAAGACAGCUGCAAACUCCAAACGAAGUCGCGUAUCGCACGGCCACAACCAUAUCAACACCCUCGCCGAUCAUCACUUUUGUUGGAAAAAUAACGACACGUCGGGGUUCCUCGUCCCAGUGUGGCCGCGAAAACCCGAUAUCCGAGUCGCACGCAAGCUUACCCUCGAGAAUCUCCCAGAGGACUUAUCUUCUGAUGCCCGCAUCUCACCCUUCGCCCAGGCCGCGUUUCAUCGGCUGUAUUGCCUGUCUUCCAACGACACGACUGCCGAGUACCUCAUGCGCGUUGCCCUUCCUGUUGAUCCCUUCUUCAAGACCGAAAGCGAAGUCAUUGCCUACGCGUCUAGCGCCUCAAACGAGUUCACCUUCGAGUGGAUUCUCAUGGAGAGGGUUCGGGGCGUACCGCUCGAGCAAGUCUGGGACACGAUGCCCCUCCAAGCCAAGAUGCAUCUCACAGUCGAGCUGGCCCGUUCCAUGAAGGAACUCAGGCAGCGUCCAUUUCCCAUGCUGGGCAGCAUCUACUACGCAGAUGUAUGGAACCGGGUCGACUACAUGCUUACUCUAGGACCCGGUGCCGGCAUUGAUGACACCUUUGUUGUCGGGCGCAUGGUCCCUACACGCUUCUUUCGGGAUGAACGCCUGCUCCUUCGCCCUAACCGUGGGCCCUUCACCACAGCGCGGGAACUCGCUGCGUCCCAGGCCAAUCUGCUUGCCCGGCGCAUUCAACAUCUCUCACUCUCCCCUGGAACCGAGUACUACUGCGAAGCCGACGAGAUGCUUGCUGACGAUGGCGCCGAGGUGCUCGAGAUUGUCAAUAGACUUGUCGAGGUCGUACCUCGAAUCUACUCAGCGACUGAAGACCCAGAAGACAUCAAGUUCCUACGGCACGAUGACAUUUCUUUGAUGAACGUGCUUGUGAAUCCCAAGACAUACAAACUUGUCGGCAUCGUCGACUGGGAGUCCGUGAGCAUCGUACCAGCCUUGGAAACAGGGGACGGGGUCCCACAUUUCCUCCAGGGAACUAAUGUCCAGAAACCCCCACCAGUCGGUUCCCUCCCCCCUGAAGAAGAGGAAGCCAUGGUCGAGAUCCGCAAAGAUUGGAAUCUGGUCCUCCUGCGCCGCAAGUACGCUGAGAUUGCGUAA